UGCCGUAACUACUUAUUUGGUUGUUUUAAUCCUUUCUCUUUCGCCUUCCUGGCUCGGAGCGCGUUGCAGAAGAAACGCGACCGCAAGUCUCGGUACCAGGAGGCGCUCGGGGCGGACCCGGGACAGCCCCCGGUCCCGCCCCCGCUCCUCCCGCGGCUGCGCGGCCCCGCCGCCUCUCGGCCCUUCCCGGAGCGGAGCGCGAUGGUGCCCGAGCUGGAGAAAGCCACGGUGCGCAUCCGGCAGCUGGAGCGCGUGAUGGGGAUAAUCCGCUCCAUCAAGGCGCAGGGGAGGAACAAGCUGCAGGUCAUUUCAGACUUUGACAUGACGCUGAGCAGGUUCGGGUGCAACGGCAGGCGCUGCCCCACUUCGCACAAUAUCCUGGAUAACAGUCGUGUUAUCAGUGAGGAUGGCAAGAAGAAGCUGAAAGAUCUGCUGCACUAUUACUAUCCCAUUGAAAUCGAUCCCAACCGGACGCUGGAGGAGAAGCGGCCCCUCAUGGUGGAGUGGUGGACCAGGGCCCACGAGCUGCUGUCACAGCAGAAGAUCCAGAAGGGUGACAUCGCCCAGAUCGUCAGAGAAUCGGACGUGAUGCUGAGGGAUGGAUUCCAUGAAUUAUUUGAUCAGCUGCAUAAGUACAACAUCCCCCUGUUUAUCUUCUCUGCUGGUGUCGGUGACAUCCUCGAAGAGAUUAUCCGCCAGGCCAAUGUCUUCUAUUCAAACGUCAACGUGGUGUCCAACUACAUGGACUUUGAUGAUAACGGAGUCCUCACACAUUUCAAGGGACCUCUCAUCCACACCUACAACAAGAACAACAGCGUUCUGCAGGGCACGGAGUAUUUCCAGCAGCUGAGCACUAGGACGAGCAUCAUCUUACUGGGGGACUCCAUGGGUGACCUGACGAUGGCAGACGGCGUUCCCAGUGUAGAGAACAUCCUCAAGAUCGGCUUUCUCAAUGACAAGGUGGAGGAGCAGAGGGGGAAAUAUCUGGAUGCCUACGACAUCGUCCUGGAGAGCGACGAGACGCUGGAUGUGGUCAACGGGAUUCUGCGGUACAUCCUGACCGAGACGUGAGCUGGGGAGGCAGCGUCCCACCUCCAGCCGCCCAGCGAGGCGCUUGGGCAGCGAAUGUCCUUCCCUUGACAAAGCUGGAGUAGGUCUUGUGGUGCCUGCUGGGCUCCAUCCUGACGCCGGGCAGGCUCCCUGCCCUGGUUCUCAUGUGUUGUGCACAUCCCGACCUCAUUUAACCCCCUUUGUCAGCCCUGGGGCAGGAGGGGUGAGAUGGAGGAAGGUUCCCCACUCCCUUUACCCCACCUGUGCCCGGCUCUUCCUCAUCCUAUGUGGACUUUAUCCCACUCGGAUUUCAUCCCUGCCACCGCUGGAGGCCACAACAAACCAUUUCACGUCUCAGGACAAGAUGUUCUGUGUUUGCUUCAGCAUUUGAGCACAGAAAUGGAGGUGGUUUGCUGUGGAUUGAGGACAGAUUUGUUUUAUGGAAGCUGUUGAGUUUUACCGUGUUCCUGUCUAAGAAACGUCUUGUCCUGUUUUCUGUGGGCUUCCAAGUGCCUGGGCUGGGUGGCCCUGCCAGACAUAGCAUCGCCCACCCUGUGUCCCCGCAGCUCCCCAGCCCUGCUGUCCCUCUUGCUCCAUUACAGCUCUUGCUAUUAAAAACAAAGGCUUUUCCAGUCACCCCUGCAUCCCGUGGAGCUCAUCUGCUGCUGCUGCACAACGCAAGAAGUAAGUUUGUCUGCUGGGGGUUUGGGUGGCAGCGAGCUGGGUGCUCGGAGCAGCGCGUUUGUAGCCGCGGGUGUGGGUGGGGAGAGGCCGAUGGCAGCAGUUUGCUUUUUAACGAAUAUUUUAACUAACUGCCCUAAACGUCUGGGCCGAUCCUGGGUUUGGCCAUCACUGCCUUCCACGUUGUGGAUGAGUAAAUGAGACUCGUGAAGGUAUCUCCCUGUUGAAAUAAAACGGUUGGCUGGAGCUGGGCCACGGGUGCUUUGUACCCGGGGCCGCGGAGCUGCGCCUGGAAUCGCUGUUCUCCCUGGGGCUGAUGCUGCCGUCCCCAUCCCUGCCGGUGCCCAGCGGGGCUGAACCACAACCCGUCUUUGCUGGAGGGUCCCAGGAGAUGAAUUGUGGUUUUUCUCUCUCCUGCCUGACCCAGCGUGUGCUGGAUGGAGCCUGAAAUACCCCCGGGCACCGCGUUCCCAGGCUCUGCACCGCUGCCCGGACACGCAGGAGCGUUCCACGGCAAAGUAACCUGACACGAAGGCAAACUCCUUGGAAACCAGUAGAAAUUAUUUAUUUGGUGCAAGGUAGAGGUUGUCGUUUGAGGGCUUCGCCCUGACCCUUGGCGCUGUUCUGUUCUUGCGUUUCUUUUCUCUCUGUCUGCGAGACGCUGUGCAAAAGCUUUUAUGGCUGGUGGAGGUGUUGGAGCCGUGCUGGGCACAACUGGAAGACCUGAGGGCGCUGAGUUAACGAGCUGCAUUUAGGCAUCAAAAUAAAAUCGGGCUGAUUUUUCUCAGUCACUGAGGGUGGGGAGGAUGCGGAUGGGGACGAUGCUGCUUCCUGAGGGCCUGGGUGGGAGAGGUUUUCUGUUUGCCUUCUCCCAGCUGCCAAGGGGUUUGGUGGGUCCCAUCCCUGCUGUUUAAUGGGAGCCCAGACCUUCUGGAACAGCAGAUGCCUGUGGGGUAUCGGGGCUUCACCCCGAUAACCUGAGCCCCCUCCAGCCUCUUGUCCCAGGGAGGGUGGCAGCAGAGACCAUCCCAAAAGCUUUCUCUUGAUUUCUAAAGAAUUUUAUACGUGUAUAUAAAAAUACUCACAUUAAAAAAUCCCAACCCUAAACUACAAAA